AUGUGGAAUUCGCCUAAGGUGGGAAUCCUCGGCGGUGGCCAGUUGGGCCGCAUGCUGGUGGAAUCUGCCAACCGAUUGAACAUUCAAGCCAACAUCCUCGAUGUCGACAACUCUCCCGCCAAGCAGAUCAGUUCCCACGACGGCCAUGUCACUGGCUCCUUCAAGGAGCCCGAAGCCGUGCGCAAGCUAGCCGACUCUUGCGAUGUGAUUACUGCUGAGAUUGAGCACGUCGACACCUACGCCCUCGAGGAGGUUGCGUCAAAGGUGCGGGUAGAGCCCAGCUGGCAAGCUAUCCGGACAAUUCAGAACAAGUUCGACCAAAAGGAGCAUCUCCGCAAGUACGAUAUCCCCAUGGCCGAUCACCGCGAACUGUCCAGCAAUGCCCCUGAGGAAUUGGCCAAGAUCGGAGAGCAAUUGGGCUACCCAAUGAUGUUGAAGUCGAAGACUAUGGCCUACGAUGGCCGUGGCAACUUCCGUGUCAACUCUAAGGAAGACAUCCCCGAGGCCCUCGAGGCCCUGAAGGACCGCCCUCUCUACGCCGAGAAAUGGGCCUACUUCAAGAUGGAACUGGCCGUUAUGGUUAUCAAGACCAAGGACGACGUCCUUUCCUACCCCACCGUCGAGACCGUCCAAGAGGACUCAAUAUGCAAGCUGGUCUACGCUCCAGCCCGCAACGUCUCCGACGCAAUCAACCAAAAGGCGCAAGCCCUCGCCCGCAAAGCCGUCUCAGCAUUCAAAGGCAAAGGUGCCUUCGGUGUUGAAAUGUUUCUCUUGGAAGACAACAGCCUAAUGCUUUGCGAGCUCGCCAGCCGCAUCCACAACUCCGGCCACUGGACAAUCGAAGGCUGCGCCCUCUCCCAAUUCGACAGCCACAUUCGCGCAAUCAUGGACCUCCCCAUUCCCCCCAAGAGCCUGGAACUCCGCCAACCCUCCAUCAUGCUGAACAUCAUCGGCGGCGCAACCCCAGACUCCCACCUCAAGGCCACAGAAGCAGCCCUAAGCAUCCCCAACGCAAGCAUCCACCUCUACAGCAAGGGCGACGCAAAGCCAGGUCGCAAGAUGGGCCACGUCACCGUCACCGCUGCCACCAUGCACGAAGCCGAGACAAUGAUCCAGCCCCUUAUCAACGUCGUCGACGACAUGCGCGCCCAGCGCACCGAUAUCAAGACCAAGGCCGCCCCCUCCGGCCCCUCGAAGCCCGCCCCCUCCGUCGCAGUCAUCAUGGGCUCAGACAGUGACCUGAAGACUCUAGUCCCAGGCCUGAAGCUGCUGCGCGAUUACUUCGGUCUCGAGCCCGAGGUCGAAAUCACCUCUGCCCACCGCACACCGGACUACAUGGCCGAGUACGCCGCCCAGGCUGCGUCGCGCGGUAUCAAGGUUAUUAUCGCCGCUGCCGGUGGUGCCGCCCACCUCCCCGGCAUGGCAGCUGCCCACACUGCCCUCCCCGUGAUUGGAGUCCCCGUUAAGGGUAGCUCGCUUGAUGGUGUGGACAGCUUGUACAGCAUCGUCCAGAUGCCCCGAGGUGUCCCCGUCGCCACAGUCGGAAUCAACAACAGCAUCAACGCAGCCCUCCUCGCCGCGCGCGUCCUGGGCUCCUACGAGCCUUCCAUUCAGCGCAAGGUCGAGGCCUAUGCUGAGGCUGCCCGUGCCGAGAACAUGGAGUUGAAGGGUACCAAGCUGCGGGAGUUGGGGUGGCAGAAGUACUUUGAUCAGAUGUAG